GGGUAGUCGGAGCCAUUUUUAUCAUUCAAGCGGAUUGAGUGGAGGUGUUGGCGUGUUUAUACGCGAGAAGAUUUGGCAAGGUGACUGCGGGUUCUCUCACAGUUCAAUUGGAUUAUACUCUGUGGAGCAGUUAAAGCAUGGACACGCCACUUCAAAAGGGAAUGACAACAAGACGGAAAGUUUAAGUGGAAGGCGGUUGUAGUUACUUUAAAACCUGGUGAACACUACCGAGAAGCAAUGCCCGUCAAUAAGUGGGAUUUGUUGUUUAUCAUUUUGGGGUGGUUAAAACUAAUUUCGCCGUCGGAUUGCUACAUUAUUCACAUCAGUGAGGAUGCGGAGCCGAGGACUGUGAUAUCAAGUGUGCAACAGAGAGGAGCGUGCACUUUGGAUCAGGUAAUCGCUCCUAAAUUCUCCAAGACCUUUAUUGAAACUGAUGCGGCGGCGGGUAUUGUGUUCGUUUCGGACAAAAUAGAUUGUGCCGCGCUCCGCUCCAACCCUUUCACAGUUUAUACUGUUGUAGAUUGCAUGAAUAAUGCCCCACCACGGUCCAGGCAUCUCCUUACAAGCCAGUAUGAUGUACAUGUUCACGGCAGAAAUUGUUCACAUAAACACAAAAGAAAAUCGAAUUGGGAUUUAGAGAUCAUUAGUUUAUUGAAUCCUCUAAAUCAUCAUCCAGAAUGCCACGAGGCUGAUACUCCCCUAUUCCGUAUAUGUGACCUUCUACCGGGCUCCCACAGCAAAACGCUCUGCAAAGUGACAAGGAGCCCGGAGUUUUACUUCUCAGAGGGGGAACUGUUUGUGUCUGAGAAGCUGUGUUGGAAGCGGGACACACUUUUGGAGUUAGACCUACAGUGUAACCAAUUCGCUAGAACUGGAAAGGUGGCCGAAGUAACGAGUAUUUCCAUCCACAUGCGAAUAGGUCAGGGCUCUUUUGGACAGGGCCACUUGAGAAAGUUACUGGAGAGGGCGGCCCAGUCUGACUCAGGCAUUGUUAGCAGGAGAAAGAGGAGCAUCAACAGUAGCCCCCAGUUCCAACCUCCCAUGUACCAAGUUGCUGUGCCUGAAAAUAAGCCUGCCGGAACUCCAGUUGUUGUUUUGAAAGCAGUCGACAUGGAUGAGGGAGAGGCGGGCAGACUCGAGUAUUUUAUCGAGGCUCUUUUUGAUAGUCGCUCCAACAACCUAUUUGCUGUGGACCCAGUCAGUGGUUCUGUCUCAACAGUGGAGAUACUAGACAGGGAGACUAAAGACACGCAUGUGUUCCGUGUGACCGCUGUUGACCAUGGCACACCCCGCCGUACGGCUAUGGCCACCCUUACCAUCACAGUCAGUGACACCAAUGACCACAGCCCUGUGUUUGAGCAACAGGACUACAAGGAGAGCGUAAGGGAGAACCUAGAGAUUGGUUAUGAGGUGCUGACAGUCAGAGCCACAGACGGGGAUGCCCCAGUCAACGGUAACAUCCUCUACCAUGUCCUCAAUAGCAACGGCUCUAAUGAUGUGUUUGAGAUUGACCCAAGAUCUGGGGUGAUCCGCACCAAAGGCCCGGUAGACAGGGAAGAAGUGGAGGCCUACAUACUAUUGGUUGAGGCAAACGACCAAGGUCGUGACCCUGGUCCCCGUAGUGCCACGGCCACAGUUCACAUCAUUGUAGAAGACGACAAUGACAAUGCACCGCAGUUUAGCGAAAAGCGCUACGUGGUCCAGGUGCCGGAAGACAUGGCACCCAACACAGAGAUUCUGCAGGUAACUGCCACUGACCAGGACAGGGGGAGUAAUGCUGUGGUCCACUUUAGCAUUAUGAGUGGUAACACCAGGGGCCAGUUCUACAUUGACGCCCAGACGGGGAAGAUGGACCUGGUAAGCCAGCUGGACUAUGAGGCUAACAAGGAGUACACGCUACGAAUCCGUGCCCAGGAUGGGGGGCGCCCUCCGCUCUCCAACAUCAGCGGCCUGGUCACGGUGCAGGUGCUGGAUGUCAAUGACAAUGCGCCCAUUUUUGUCAGCACCCCCUUCCAGGCCACUGUGCUAGAGAAUGUUCCAGUGGGUUACUCCAUAAUCCACAUUCAGGCUGUGGACGCAGACUCAGGUGACAACUCCAGAUUGGAGUACCGCCUCACUGAGACCACACCCAACUUCCCCUUCUCCAUCAAUAACAGCACAGGGUGGAUAGUUGUAGCGGCUGAACUGGACAGAGAGAGUGUGGACUUUUACAACUUCGGUGUGGAGGCCCGCGACCAUGGCCACCCAGUCAUGUCCUCCUCAGCUAGCGUUAGCAUGACCAUCCUGGAUGUCAAUGACAACAACCCUGAAUUCACCCAGAAGGCCUACUACAUGCGUCUUAAUGAGGACGCUUCUGUGGGGACCAGUGUUGUGACUGUGUCUGCCGUCGACCAGGACAUUAACAGUGUGGUGACUUACCAGAUCUCCAGUGGCAACACCCGGAACAGGUUCUCAAUCACAAGCCAGAGUGGCGGUGGUCUCAUCACCCUGGCGCUGCCUCUCGACUACAAACUGGAGCGGCAGUAUGUCCUCAGCGUCACCGCGUCUGACGGCACCCGCUUCGACACCGCCAAGGUGUUUGUCAACGUCACCGACGCCAACACCCACCGGCCAGUGUUCCAGAGCUCCCACUACACCGUCAACAUCAAUGAGGACAGGCCCACGGCCACCACCGUGGUGGUCAUCAGUGCCACGGACGAAGACACUGGCGAGAAUGCUCGCAUAACCUACUUCAUGGAUGACAGCAUCCCACAGUUCAACAUUGACCCAGACACGGGGGCUGUCACCACCCAGACGGAGCUGGACUACGAAGACCAGGUGUCCUACACUCUAGCCAUCACAGCCAAGGACAACGGCAUCCCACAGAAGUCGGACACGACCUACCUGGAGAUCCUGGUCAAUGACGUGAAUGACAACUCCCCUCGGUUCCUCCGGGAUCACUACCUGGGCACUGUGAUGGAGGACGUGCCUGUGUUCACCAGCGUGGUCCAGGUCUCUGCUACAGAUCGAGACUCGGGCCUCAAUGGGCGCGUCUUUUACACCUUCCAGGGUGGAGAGGACGGGGAUGGAGAUUUCAUUAUUGAGUCCACCUCAGGCAUUGUACGCUCCCUGCGUCGGCUUGACCGUGAAAACAUGCCCAUCUAUAACCUACAGGCCUUUGCGGUGGAUAAGGGAGUUCCCGCGCUCAGGACCUCAGUAGAUAUACAGGUGAGCAUCCUCGACGUAAAUGACAACCCUCCUGUUUUUGAGAAAGAUGAGUUUGACAUCAUGGUGGAGGAGAACAGCCCCAUUGGCCUGGUGGUAGCUCACAUAUCUGCUUCUGACCCGGACGAGGGAAGCAACGCCCAGAUUAUGUACCAGAUCGUGGAGGGGAACAUUCCAGAAGUCUUUCAGUUGGAUAUCUUCUCUGGAGAACUGACCGCUCUGACUGAUCUGGACUAUGAGACACAGCCUGAGUACAUCAUUGUGGUCCAGGCCACCUCCGCCCCACUAGUCAGCCGAGCUACUAUCCACAUAAAGCUUGUUGACAAGAAUGACAACGUUCCCGUGCUCAAGAACUUCCAGAUUAUUUUCAAUAACUACGUCACGGACAAAUCCAGCAGCUUUCCUACCGGGGUAAUUGGGCGCAUCCCAGCGCAUGACCCGGACACCUCAGAUCAGCUCCAGUACAGCUUUGAAACUGGGAACGAGUUGAAUCUGGUCAUCCUGAACCAGAGUACGGGGGAGAUCCGGCUGAGCCAAGCCCUGGACAACAACCGACCCCUAGAGGCCUCAAUGAAGAUCUCUGUGUCAGAUGGGGUUCACUUGGUGUCGGCCCAGUGUCUCCUCCAGGUCACCAUCAUCACGGACGAGAUGCUCUCCAACAGCAUCACGCUCCGCCUGGCCAACACGUCCCAGGAGCACUUCCUGUCCCUGCUGCUGGCUCAGUUCCUUGACGGCGUGGCCCGCGUCCUCUCGGCAGCCCGCCAGGACGUCGUGGUCUUCAACAUCCAGGACGACACCGACGUCAGCGCGCGCAUCCUCAACGUCAGUCUGUCGGUGGCUGUCCCCGUGCCCGGCGAGGGGGGAGGAGCCACCCGAGGGGUCGGCGGAGGCAGGGCGGGGCGGGGGAUGAUAGGUGUCGGGGAAAGCGGAGGAGGAGGGGGGGAGUAUUUUGGCUCGGAGGAGCUCCAGGAGAGGUUGUACCUCAACCGUAGCCUCCUGGCCCGCAUCUCCUCCCAGCAGGUGCUGCCCUUCGACGACAACAUCUGCCUGCGGGAGCCCUGCGAGAACUACAUGAAGUGUGUGUCGGUGCUCAAGUUCGACAGCCUGGCUCCGUUCGUGGCGUCCGACACCAUCCUGUUCCGGCCCAUCCACCCCAUCGCAGGGCUGCGCUGCCGCUGCCCCGCCGGGUUCACAGGGGACUACUGCGAAACGGAGAUCGACCUGUGCUACUCCAAACCCUGCGGAGGGCAUGGCAUCUGCCGCAGCAGAGAGGGAGGCUACACCUGCGAGUGCCUGGAUGAUUACACAGGCAAACGGUGCGAGCUGUCAUCUCGUUCAGGACGCUGCGCCCCAGGUGUGUGUAAGAAUGGAGGCACCUGCAUCAACCUCCUGGUUGGUGGCUUCAAGUGUGAGUGUCCUGCAGGGGGCUACGAGAAGCCCUACUGUGAGAUGACCACUCGGAACUUCCCCCCUCAGUCCUUCCUCACCUUUAAGGGGCUUCGCCAGCGCUUCCACUUCACUCUGUCUCUGGCGUUUGCCACCAAGGAGCCAAAUGGCUUGUUACUCUACAAUGGCCGCUUCAACGAGAAACACGAUUUCAUAGCGGUGGAGAUCAUCAACGAGCAGAUCCAGCUGACCUUCUCUGCAGGGGAGACCAAGACGACAGUGGCGCCCUACAUCCUUGGAGGGAUAAGUGAUGGACAGUGGCACGUCAUCCAAGUCCACUACUACAACAAGCCAAUCCUGAACCAGGCUGGCCUGCCCCAGGGCCCCUCAGACCAGAUGGUGGUGGUGGUGACCAUAGACAACUGUGACACCUCUGUGGCCCUGAGGUUUGGUCAUGUGAUUGGAAACUACACCUGCUCUGCCCAAGGCAGCCAAUCAGGAUCCAAGAAAUCUCUGGACCUGACUGGUCCUCUUCUGUUGGGGGGUGUGCCCAAACUCCCCGAGGACUUCCCUGUCCAGAACCGCCAGUUUGUGGGCUGCAUGAAGGACCUACGUAUAGACAACCGCCAUGUCGACAUGGCUAGCUUUACUGCUAAUAACGGCACUUUGCCAGGAUGCUCAGCCAAAAGGCACUUCUGCAACAACAACCCGUGUAUGAACGGGGGGACAUGUGUGAACCUCUGGGGCUCCUUCAGCUGUGACUGCCCUCUAGGGUAUGGAGGCCAGAACUGCCAAAAGGAGAUGGCCAGCCCUCAGCGUUUCCUGGGCAACAGCCUGUUGCAGUGGAGUAACCUGGCGUUGGCGGCGGCGGUGGUCACUGUGCCCUGGCACGUGGAGCUCAUGUUCCGCACGCGCCAGCCCUCCGCAACGCUGCUGCACGUGUCUGCCGGGCAACACCACAACCUCACCCUGCAGCUGCGUGGGGGCAGUGUGGUGAUGGGCCUGCAGAGGGGGGAAGACUCCACCCUGUCACGGGUGGAGGAGUUGAGCGUUAACGAUGGAGACUGGCACCACCUCCACCUGGAGCUCCAGGGGGCACAGGUGGCCUCUGCACCGCGCCACAAGGCUGUACUGUCCCUCGAUCACGGCCUCUAUUUGGCCAGCAUGGAGGUGGACACUAAGCUGAAGGGCUCCAAGCUGAAGAUGGUGAGCGUCGGAGGCCUCGCCGGGGCAGAUGGGAAAGUACAGCAUGGUUUCCGUGGGUGUGUGCAGGGUUUGCGUGUGGGAGACAUCCUGACCUUGUCCCAGGCACGGAGGUUCAACGUGGAGCAGGGCUGCAGUGUGCCUGACCCCUGCGUGUCCAACCCCUGUCCUUCCAACAGCUACUGCAGCGAUGACUGGGACAGCCACUCCUGUACCUGCCUCACUGGUUACUAUGGCAACAACUGCACAGAUGCGUGUUCCCUAAACCCUUGUGAACACCAGUCAGCCUGCACAAGGAAGCCCAGCUCCGCCCAAGGCUACACCUGUGACUGUACCAGCAACCACUUUGGCCAGUAUUGUGAGAAAAAGACUGACCUGCCGUGCCCCAGAGGUUGGUGGGGACACAAGACCUGUGGUCCCUGUGACUGUCACACAGACAAGGGCUUUGACUCAGACUGCAACAAGACCAGUGGGGAGUGUCGUUGCAAGGAUAACCACUAUCACCCAGCCGGCAGGGAGGCCUGCCUGCUGUGUGACUGCUACCCGAUUGGCUCGUUCUCUCGGGCCUGUGAGAGAGAGAGUGGCCAGUGUCAGUGUAAGCCCGGUGUAAUCGGGCGCCAGUGUGACCGCUGUGACAACCCCUUCGCUGAGGUGUCGCCAAACGGCUGUGAAGUCAUCUAUGACAGUUGUCCCCAGGCCAUCAAGGCUGGGAUCUGGUGGCCCAGGACUAAGUUUGGUCUCCCUGCAGCCAUCCCCUGUCCCAAAGGAUCUCUGGGCACGGCUAUCCGCCACUGUGAUGAACACAAGGGAUGGCUUCCUCCCAACCUCUUCAACUGCACCUCAGUCACCUUCACUAAACUCAAAACUCUGUCCGAGAAGCUGGCUCGGAACAUGUCGCUCCUAGACUCUGGCCGUGUCCAGCAGACGGCGGCCAUGCUGGCCAACGCCACGCUGCACACGGAGCAGUACUACGGCAGCGACGUCAAGGUGGCCUACCGGCUGACUCAGAGACUGCUGCAGCACGAGAGCAGCCAGCAGGGCUUCAACCUCACCGCCACGCAGGACGUUCACUUCACCGAGAACCUGGUCCGCGUGGGCAGUGCCAUUCUGUCCCCUGGCACGCGGCCGCACUGGGAGCUGAUCCAGCACACUGAGGGUGGCACCGCUGUCCUGCUGCGCCAGUUUGAGGACUACGCCAACGCCUUGGCUCAGAACAUGAGGAAGACCUACCUGAGUCCCUUCACCAUCGUCACGCCUCACAUAGUCAUCUCCGUGGACCGUCUGAACAAGAUGAACUUUGCCGGCGCCAAGCUCCCUCGCUAUCAGACCCUGAGAGGACCCCGCCCCCUGGACUUGGAGACGGCCGUCACCCUCCCAGACUCUGUGUUCGAGCCCCCAGUGGAGACCAAGGGCCACCGCCACCAAGAGUUCCCCGUCUUUCCAGACUCCUCCAACAGGAAUCUCACCGCCCCGCGGAGAAAGCGCCACCAGGACGCCAGUCAGCAGGAUGCCGUGGCCAGCGUCAUCAUCUUCCACAGCCUGGCCUCGCUUCUGCCCGAGAACUACGACCCCGACAAGAGGAGCCUCAGGGUUCCUAAGCGCCCAGUCAUCAACACACCUGUGGUCAGCAUCACGGUGCAUGAUAACGAUGAGCUGCUGCAGCAUUCCCUGGACAAGCCAAUCACGGUGCAGUUCCGCCUGGUCACCACCGAGGAGCGCUCCAAGCCUAUCUGUGUCUUCUGGAACCACUCCAUACUAGCUGGGAGUGGAGGCUGGUCCGCUAAAGGCUGCGAGGUGGUGUUCCGAAACCACACUCACAUCAGCUGCCAGUGCUACCACAUGACCAGCUUUGCUGUGCUCAUGGACAUCUCCAGGAGAGAGAAUGGUGAGAUCCUACCGGUGCAACUGGUCACCUGGAGCACGGUGGGCGUGACCCUGGGUUUCCUCUUCCUCACCACGCUCUUCCUCUUGUGCCUACGGGCCAUGCACUGCAACAAGACCAGCAUCAUCAACAACGGUGCAGCUGCCCUCUUCCUCUCCGAGCUCAUCUUCAUCCUCGGCAUCAACCAGGCCGAUAACCCGUUUUUGUGCACAGUCAUUGCCAUCCUGCUGCACUUCUUCUACCUGUGCACCUUCUCCUGGCUCUUCCUGGAGGGGCUGCAUGUGUACCGCAUGCUCAGUGAGGUCCGGGACGUCAACUAUGGACCUAUGCGCUUCUACUACCUGAUUGGCUGGGGCGUGCCGGCCUUCAUCACAGGGUUGGCGGUGGGUCUGGACCCUGAGGGUUAUGGGAACCCUGACUUCUGCUGGCUGUCUGUCUAUGACACUCUUGUUUGGAGCUUUGCGGGACCCAUCGCCCUGGUGGUGUCGAUGAACAUCUUCCUCUACAUCCUGGCCUCCAGAGCCUCCUGCUCUCACAGACACCACAGCUUGGAAAAGAAAGAGCCCCCUGUUUGUGGUCUGCGGACGGCAUGCGGUGUCCUCCUGUUGGUCACAGUCUCCUGCCUGCUGGCCAUCCUGUCUGUAAACAGCGACAUGAUCCUCUUCCACUACCUGUUUGCUGGCUUCAACUGUAUCCAGGGUCCCUUCAUCUUUUUCUUCCGCAUCGUCUUCAACAAGGAGGCGAGGAACGCCAUGAAAUACUGCUGCAGCCGCAAGCGCCCCGAUCACAUGAUCAAGUCCAAGCCCUCGUCCUAUAAAUGCAACAGCAGCUAUGUGGACGGGAGACUGUACCACCUGCCUUUUGGGGACUCCAGCGCGUCUCUCAACGGAACUCUGCAGAGCGGCAAGAGUCAACAGAGCUACGUUCCCUUUGUCUUAAGGGAUGAUGGAGGGCUGAAUAACAGCCAGGGACACAUUGCACUGAAUGACCACAGCUCUCUCUUCCAUGAAACUAAAGAACACUUGGAAGAUCGUGACUCAGACUCAGACAGCGAUCUGUCUCUGGAGGACGAUCAGAGUGGCUCCUACGCCUCCACACACUCUUCGGACAGCGAGGACGAGGAGGGGCCCUAUGCUCCAGAGGAAUGCUGGGAAAGCCUUGCCUCCAACGUGGCUAAGCGACCACACCCUCAUGACACCAACCUGAGUAAGCUGUACUGGCCGGGUGAGUAUGUGGCCUCAGCUGGGGACCCUGAGGGCGGAGCUGACAGGAUGAAAAUGGAGCCUCAUGCCAACCCUGACCCAGGCCAGGCCCGUGACAACAGAACCAUGCCAGAUGACAGACUGGGCGACAGGGCUGAGGGUUAUGGGAUGGACAAUAUGAUGCUUCUGCUCCCUAGCCUGCCUAACCUCAACGCCCACCCACAGAAAGGUAUCCUGAAGAAAAAACAGCUGUCCCCCAUCGCAGAGAGGAAUGGGAUCAACCGCAUCCACAACGAGCUUUCAGAGAACGUUCUAGGCACCACGUCCCCGCAGGGGUCCACCUCCGGUGAGAGCAGAGGGGCCCGGGCCAAGCCUGGCCCACCAGAUCAGCUGAACGGUGUUGCCAUGAGCAUCAAGGCGGGGACAGUGGACGGCGACUCAUCAGGAUCAGACAGCCAACGCAACACCUCCAUGUGACCCGGCUGACGAAGGGGUGUAUCUUUGCAGGUCAUAGAGCCUCGCCCCAUGACUCCACGCUGCACUCGUCUCUGAGUGACAGGCAGGAAAUGAUGUCAGAGGAGGUGCUACAGAGGGUGAUUGGCUGUCAACAACCUGAAGAACGAUGAAACACCUCCCCCCUGCUCAUGAUUUUCAAAAGGUGUGUGUGUGUGUGUGUGUGUGCGUGCGUGUCUGUGUGCGUGUUUGUGAGUGCCAAACCUCAGGAGUCUCUGCACUGGCCCAGGCUCAAGCGCACUGAUAGUCUCGUACUCCCUUAUUCUUUUCUUUUGAAAUGGUGGUUCUGUUUACAUACUUGAAGCGAUGCACUUUUAUAAUUUACACUGCCUGUCCAGAUAUGCUGGCAGUUACCUAGAACUGUGGCUCAAUUUUAAAUGUCUUUUUAUUUUUUUUAUUUUGUUCUAAAUUUAAAAGAUAAUGAAGGAGUCUUCUUUUCGCUGGGAUGGUCAUUUAGUUGUAGAAUUGUUUUCAAGUUCAGGGAAUUUCCUCAUCAAGCUUAACUAGUCCAUUAUAGCAGAAAGGGUUUCCUGUACAGUUUGUGUAAAAGGAGCUUGAAGCUGUCUGUGUUGAGAGGGAUGGUGCCAGUCUGAGGGUCGCUCCUGAGAGGAGUCCCUUCUCAGGUUGCUGCGUUUUGAAAAAAAGUCGCCCCACAACCCAGAAAUGUCCAAGUGGAACUAGCAAGUAUACUGUAGCUGGUUCACAGACUAACCAGGUCUCUAUAGAGGGGAACAUGUUUUUCCUUUGAGGUUAUCUAAUCUACACACCUGAGAGCUUCUGUUCCACACUGGAGAGACUAGUGGAAGAGACUCCUGUGGGAGGUGUGUCUGGAGGACUGAUGUGGGGACAGGGUACAUAAUCACUCUGAGACGGCACACUGGGAACCCCCAACAUGCUCUUCAUGAGCUGGAUCUGAGAAAGGUUGGUCAAGGCCAUUGGGCCUCACCAGGGUUGAGCUAAUCUGACAAUGACAUGAAUUUGUGUGAGAAUGGCUGCCUUCUCCACCACAUAGCCUUCAUUUUAUUACAUCAGAGGAGGACCUGAUGCGAGGAAGACCCUGCGUGUUCAGAACAAGAAAAAAAACAAGGACUUUUGAUAGAUCUCAAUUUUUUGUAAAUUGUCGGGAGCCCAUUUUUUAUACAAACCAUGAAAAUGCUCUCUGUUUUUUCAAUGUUUUUGUCCAAGGGAUAUUAUAUGCCUUCAUUUGAAUCUGUGACUAAAAAACUUUGUAUUUUAUAGAUUAGAUAUGAAGGAUUUGUGGUUUUGUAAAAUACUUACUGAAAUUCUUGCACACUUGUGCUGUAAUACUAUUUGAAAUGUAUACCAAUGUUACUGUACAAAGUUGCCUGUAAAAAGAAAUAUACUAAUAUUUCAUGCAACACAUCUUUGAAUUAGAUCAUAUUGCAUUAAUGUGUAUAUUUCCCACAGUCAAUCCACAUUCAGUAAUUGAUUCCUCACUAGUAGCGAGCAGCAAGCAUAAUUUCUGAUGUGUGUAAAAUACCUUUUCACAUAUUAUUUGUCAUUUUCUAAGUUCUUUCUUGUGAUCUUGAACUUUUAAAGUCCAGUCUUUCCGAGAAUUGUGGAUAUAUUUUUUAUCAGCCUUAUUAGGUCUAAUCACUAAGGCAAUCUUCUCCUACAUACACCAAUAAGUUGAAUCUCUCAUUUUCAUAUCAAAAUCUAGACAAGAUGGUCUGUUCACAAUGAGUAACUAUAAAGUCUGCAAGAAUUUUUUCCAUUUUACCUCAAUGUGUGCCAAGUCAAGGGACUGCUUUGCCAAUCGUUUUUGUGUGCUCAUCUCUCCUUAUGUUCUCGUCGAACAGAUGGCAGUCUAGCCGUUUUUGUCACGUUAUUCAAACUGCUGUUACUUAACUGUGAAGAGUACAGAAUAUACCAAGACCACUUAAUGACAUUCUCCUUUUACUGGUACCAGUUAGCUGAAGUGAUGAUAUCUGUACAUCAUCAGAGCGCCAAGCAAUCAAACUGCUUCAAACCAAGACCUUACGUAGGCUACUGAUGUCAAAGCUUAAGUGAUACAGGGUAGUCUAGAUAUGGCUUGUAUUUUUCUAUGUCAAAUUGCUUUGUAAAGGAAUUCACCAAAAUUCAACGAGUAAACAGAUGUGCUUUUA